AUGUUCAGCCAAAACCCCUUGAUGAAUGGUCCGAACUAUUCCUUCUCCGACACUCCGCACAAUGCUCAAGGCAACUUCAAGGAGCACCGUUUCAGCCCGUAUACGGAUAACGGCGGUUCCACCCUUGCAAUCGCAGAUCGGGGGACCACGGCAUCUCAGGAUGAUGCAACAUUAGUUCUAUCCGUUGUAGGCUUUGCUGCUGACGGCGAGGCCCUCAAGGACCGACUUGAUGCGAUUUGUAAGAUGUACCGUUACCGCCAUGGGAAGCCGAUCUCCGUCAAAGCCUGCGCACAGCGCCUAGCUACUAUCCUCUACCAAAAACGCUUCUUCCCUUACUAUGCCUAUGCUAUUCUAGGCGGCAUCGACGAGGAUGGAACCGGGGCUGUGUACUCCUAUGACCCCGUCAACUUUAAGAACCAGUUUGUUCCAGGAAGCGGCGAGGGCCAUGCCCUCCAAGAAAGGGAGCGAGUUCCUCUCUCGAGGGCCAAGGUUGAGAAUCUCGUCAAAGAUGCGUUUGACGGGGCGGUAGAGCGCCAUAUUGAGGUUGGCGAUGCUCUGCAGAUGAUGGCGCUCCCAUCGUACUUUAACGCGAAAAUGGCGAUUUCGUGGCACGGGGAUCCCUAG